CUGUGCAAGCCUCCUGCUGAGAGCACACUUCCCGUUUGUCUUUGCGGUGGGAGAGAGACCUGGUUACACGGUAGCCUUUAGGCAGAGCUGCUGGGGAUGUGCAGGAAGUGCUGUUGCAGGCUUUGUCGGGGGGGAAAUCUGAGCCAUUUCUCUGGGGACAGCUGUGUUUCAGAGUCUGGACAGGUUGCUGUUGAAUUUUGCUCGGGCUACCAGGAUUUUGUGGAAGUAUAAUACUUUGUCAUUAUGAGAUGUCGUCUCUCGGUACCUCCUUUGUGCAAAUUAAAUUUGAUGACUUGCAGUUUUUUGAAAACUGCGGUGGAGGGAGUUUUGGGAGUGUCUAUCGAGCCAAAUGGAUAUCACAGGACAAGGAGGUGGCUGUAAAGAAGCUACUCAAGAUAGAGAAAGAGGCAGAAAUACUCAGCGUCCUCAGUCACAGAAACAUCAUCCAGUUUUAUGGAGUAAUUCUCGAACCUCCCAACUAUGGUAUUGUCACAGAAUACGCCUCUCUGGGAUCACUCUAUGAUUACAUUAACAGUAACAGAAGUGAAGAAAUGGACAUGGAUCACAUUAUGACCUGGGCCACUGAUGUAGCCAAAGGAAUGCACUAUUUACAUAUGGAGGCUCCUGUCAAGGUGAUUCACAGAGAUCUCAAGUCAAGAAAUGUUGUUAUAGCUGCUGAUGGGGUGUUGAAGAUCUGCGAUUUUGGCGCCUCGCGGUUCCACAACCAUACAACACAUAUGUCCUUGGUUGGAACUUUCCCGUGGAUGGCUCCUGAAGUCAUCCAAAGUCUCCCUGUGUCUGAAACUUGUGACACAUAUUCCUAUGGUGUGGUUCUCUGGGAGAUGCUAACAAGGGAGGUCCCCUUUAAAGGUUUGGAAGGAUUACAAGUAGCUUGGCUUGUAGUGGAAAAAAACGAGAGAUUAACCAUUCCAAGCAGUUGCCCCAGGAGUUUUGCUGAACUGUUACAUCAGUGUUGGGAAGCUGAUGCCAAGAAACGGCCUUCUUUCAAGCAAAUCAUUUCAAUCCUGGAGUCCAUGUCACUCGAUUCGAAGCUUUCUGACCAGUGUAACUCAUUCCUGCACAACAAAGCAGAAUGGAGGUGUGAAAUAGAAGCCACUCUUGAGAGACUGAAGAAGCUAGAACGCGACCUCAGCUUUAAAGAGCAGGAGCUCAAAGAACGAGAAAGACGGCUAAAGAUGUGGGAGCAAAAGCUGACAGAGCAGUCCAACACCCCGCUGCUGCCUUCCUUUGAGAUUGGUGCUUGGACAGAAGAUGACGUGUAUUUUUGGGUUCAGCAGCUCGUCAGAAAAGGUGACUCUUCAGCAGAGAUGAGUGUGUAUGCAAGCUUCUUUAAGGAAAACAACAUUACAGGAAAGCGACUGCUUCUUCUCGAGGAAGAAGACUUGAAAGACAUGGGCAUCAUCUCCAAGGGCCACAUCAUCCAUUUAAAGUCAGCCAUUGAGAAAUUAACCCACGAUUACCUAAACUUGUUUCACUUCCCACCACUGAUUAAGGGCUCAGUAGGUGAACCAGAAGAAAAUAAGGAAAAAAUAGUGAAUCUUGAACUUGUUUUUGGUUUUCACUUGAAACCAGGGACUGGCCUACAGGACUGUAAGUGGAAAAUGUAUAUGGAGAUGGAUGGGGAUGAAAUUGCAAUAACCUACAUCAAAGAUGUGACUUUCAACACUAACCUACCUGAUGCAGAGAUUUUAAAGAUGACAAAGCCCCCAUUUGUAAUGGAGAAGUGGAUUGUAGGAAUAAUGGAAAAUCAGACUGUAGAAUGCACUGUCACAUAUGAGAGUGAUGUUAGAACUCCAAAAAGCACUAAACACAUCCAUUCAAUUCAAUGGAGUAGAACAAAACCUCAAGAUGAAGUGAAGGCUGUCCAGCUUGCCAUUCAGACGUUAUUUCCCAACUCAGAGGGCACCCCUGGAAGCAGGUCUGACUCAAGCGCUGAUUGCCAGUGGCUGGAUACGCUGAGGAUGCGACAGAUGGCAUCCAACAGUUCCCUACAGCGCUCCCAGAGCAACCCCAUCCUGGCGUCCCAAUUCUUCCCCUAUUUCAAUGACCAGGACUCCUAUGCAGCUGCGGUGAGGCGGACCCAGGUGCCCAUUAAGUAUCAACAGAUUACACCUAUAAACCAGUCCAGAAGCUCCUCUCCUACUCAGUACGGACUGACCAAAAACUUCUCUUCUCUGCAUCUGAACUCCAGGGAUAGCGGCUUUUCCAGUGUUAAUACUGACAGCUCUUUAGAGAGGGGGCGAUACUCUGGUAGAAGCAGGAACAAAUACGAUCGAGCUAGUCACUCACUCAAUUCUUCUCCGAGAGGAAGACACAGUGGGAAAAGUCAGCACUCCACUCCUUCAAGAGAAAGAUAUUCUGGAAAAUUCUACAGGGUUUCUCAGUCAGCACUCAAUGCUCACCAGUCACCUGAGUUCAAGAGAAGCCCAGAAGCCUCCCAUCAACCCAGAACCAUCCCAGGGAUGCCUUUGUGCACUGACACGGACUCACGAGCCAGUGAGGAGGAGAGCAAAGUCAGCGAAGGGGGAUGGACAAAGGUGGACUACCGCAAGAAACCCCGCAGGCCCUCCCCUGCCAAGACCAACAGAGAAAGGCCCAGAGGAAACUUCCGAGGAAGGAGAAACUUUUGACGAACUGAACUAGUUGAGCUUUUCUUAGUAUUUUUUUUUUUAAUAUAAUGGAUUUUGAUAAUGUGCUGCCUUCACACAGAAUUAACAAAAGACGAUGUUUCCCUUCCGGGGGUUUAGAAAAUACCUUCUAAGAGAGCCUAUAGCCAAAACAAGGCCAAAAUUGUGGAUGUUGGUUGUCCAUUGUUAAGUAACUGGACUUAAAACAUAACUAUAUAUAUUUUAUUCCCCUGAAUUAACAUCUUUAGAGAAGGGAAUAUACCAUUGUAUUACCCUAGCCGCUGCUUUUCUGAUUAGCAGGGCCUGGACUAGGGUGAACUUAAAUGCAGAAAAACUUAGCUUAAAUAGGGCGGUCAUCUUGGGUGCAAAAUUUAAGGGGGAAUUGAAGAGCUCAAUAAUCAAGAUUAAUAAUAUUCUAGUGCAAUAUUUAAAUAAUAUUCUAGUGCAAUAUUUAAAUAAAUGAAAAUUAAUGCAAAAAAUUGUGAUAAACAAAAAAAUCGAGAUUCUGGAGAAAGACAGGAUCAGUAUUACUGGUUUUUCCUUUUGUCUAAGGCUCCAGUAUGGCUUGGCAAGACAGUUACUGAUCCUGUCUUUAUUUAAAAAUCUUAUAUUAAUAUUUUGUUCAUCAUGUAUUUUUUGCAUUAAUUUUCUCUUUAAAAAAUAUUGCAUUAAAAUAUCAUUUAUUUUGAUUACUCAGGUGGUGCUUUUUUCAUGCGUCCUUAAAUUUUGUACCCAAGGCAAGUGCCUCACUUGCCUUACCCAGUCUCCACACAGCCGGUUAGUAUUUAUUUCAGUAAGUCAUUUGGGUUUUUGUCUUAGUCAGAGCUGAAUUGACUUGGCUUGUCAUUUUUAGGCAAUAAAAAAGGUUAUUGGACUUAAUGUUGAUCAUAAUACCACAUAUCAUUCCAUGAGACUCAUCAGAAACCAGAAAUCUAAACUGCUUAGGAGAUUUGUGGUUAUUUCUUUCCCAAAGCUCCCAGGGACUGCAAUCAAAUAUUAUUUUCUACAUUUUGCCAAAGGAGGAGCCAAGAGGGGAAAACAAAAGGUCUGUUAAGUCCUCUUGGGAUGUCAGAACUCUAAAAUCUAAAAGAAAACAGACACAGAACAGGAUGAUAACAUCACAAGCUAAAAGUCAGAGAAAUUUAAAAUUACUAUCAUCCUUGUUAGAGCAAGACAGUAAAUACCAUCCUUGUAGCAAGAAAGCUGUAAGCAGUUGGGGGUAAAGAGGUGAAUGGUAUGGGUGGGAGGAAGCUGACUGCAGUUUAGGACAGGCAUUGUGGAAUCUGGUUUGGGAAAUCCUACAUAUUUUUACAAAUCAAAGAAGCCUGGUGGCAACAAACGUACUAUAUGUGAAACGAAUAAAUGUUAUUUUCAGUACA